GCGCCUUGGGAAGCACCGUAAUCCUUUUAGCUCCCUCCUCCUUGUCUUCUUCCUCUCAUCAUUUCUCUCUAUAAAUCUCGCACCAAAUCUGCAAUCUCUCUAUCCUUAUCAUCUCUCUCGCUUCCUCUCUCCAUCAUCUCCAUCAUCUCUCUUUCUCCAAGCACAGGGUUUCCGUGAGCUAGAAGAGAUCUCAGUCAACGUUUCCGAUCGAAGAUGAGCCAAUACAACAACCAAGACCAAAUCCCAGUGGCCUACCCACCACCGGCAUCAGCACCGGCGGCGACCUACACGGCACCGCCCCCACCGGCCGGCUAUCCCACCAGGGACGGUCAACAGCCUGCCCAGAAAGCCGUCCCUAUUGAGACCAAGACUAGGGGCGAUGGCUUUUGGAAGGGCUGCUUCGCUGCGCUGUGCUGUUGCUGCGUCCUGGAGGAGUGCUGCUAGGAAUCCCCGGAAAGGAUCGCCGGCCGUCGCUCUUUGUGUUUAACAUAUGAUUUGCCAUAAACGGGACAUGUUAUUGUGACCGUAUACCUAUUAUUGUGAUGUAUACUAGUGUUCACGAACUUUUCUUUCGUCUUUCGUAUCAUCAAUUCGGCCUUGUUUCCUCUUUA